GUGGACACCGGCGCCCCGGAUAGCAAGGAGAAGAGGUCGGGCGAGAGUCCGCGCUUGCAAGGUCCGCCGGCGUGGGAUGGUAGGCCGCUGGUAGCUGCCGCUGGCAACGGACGCCGAGGGCCCACCUCGACAACGCUAAGUGCCGCACGCGAGCCCACGCCACCAGCCAUGGCCCCGCUCGCUAUCUGCUUGGUGUGGGCGUGCCUGCUGACGGCCGCCCCCGCCGCCUCCGAGGUGUGGGUGCGCCUCCCCGACGGCAGCCGGCUGCUCGGCGCCGCCUCCUCCACCGCCAGGACGGGGCGGCCGGUCUACGAGUUCCGCGGCGUGCGCUACGCCUCCGCGCCCUCCAGCGAGCGCUUCAAGCACUCGCAGCCGGUGGGUCCCCUGGGCGUCUACAACGCGACGCAGUUCGCACCACCCUGCCCGCCGGCCUUCAGCUGGUCCAACGACUGGUUCACCGACCCCGACCCGGAAGUUCUCGCCAACCUGCGGCAGCCCGCAGAGGACGAGGACCAAGAGGACUGCCUCUUCCUCAACGUCUUCACGCCCACGCUGGACCCCGGGGCGCGGAUGGCGGUGCUGGUGCACAUCCACGGCGGCUCCUACAUCGCGGGGUCGCCGCUGCUGGCGCGCCCCGGCUUCAUGUUGGAGCACGACCUGCUGCUCGUCACCGUCCAGUACCGCCUCUUCGUGCCAGGCUUCCUGUACGUGGGCACGGACGACGCGCCGGGCAACAUGGGCCUGCUGGACAUGACGACGGCGCUCAGCUGGGUGCAGCAGAACAUCGCCAGCUUCGGCGGCGACCCCGGCCGCGUCACCAUCUCCGGGGGCAGCGCGGGGGCGGCCGCCGUCGAACUGCUCGCCUACAGCCCUAUCGCCUCGCAGCUGUUCCACCAAGUGCUGCCGAUGAGCGGGUCGGCGCACGCGGCGUGGGCCAUGGAGAAGCCCGAGGACGCCAUCAGGGCGGCGAAGAACAUCGCGCGCCUCGCGGGCUGCAACUCGACCAGACCCGAGGAGAUGGUCGGCUGUCUGCGCUCCGUCCCCAUCGCAAAUCUCUCCGAUAUUUACAUGGAACACGCAAUGUCGUUCUGGGACAACGACGUGGACACGCUGGUGGGCGUGACGCCGGUGGUGCAGGACAGGCGGCUGCGCUCUCCCGCCGUGCUGCCUGCCUCGCCGCGGGAGCUGUGCGCGCCCAGGAGCGCCUACCGAGGGCGGCCCAUGAUGGUCGGCGUCACCAAGCACGACGGGCACUUCUUCGUGGGCCAUGGCCUUCACGUAUGGAUGAACUCAAAUGUGACGGAGAGAGAGCGGCUAUACCGGAUGCAGUCCUUCCUAAUGGAGAGCCUGAAAACCGAGUACGACCCGGUGAUCGCGGACGCCCUGUACGAGAAGUACUUGAAUGGAUAUAACAGGACCGAGGACAUAUUCAUCGCCCUGACGGACUUCAUCGGUGCGGCUAAGUUUAAAGGUCCCAUGAUAAAGUCAGCCAACUGCAACACAAACCACGGUGGAAGGACGUAUGUGUACACGCUAAAUCAUGUGGGCCGUUUCCCCAAUCAAGCUGUCGAACAUGGUAUGGAUGUGCUGUACCUUUCACCGAGAUCGGACUUCAGACUGUCUGAAGAAGACGAAAAAGUUUCGAGGAGGCUCGUUCAUCUGCACGCGAACUUCAUCAUGUAUGGGGACCCGACGCCGAACACGAGCCGGGUGGACGGCGUGCCGAAGUGGCCGCCGUACGAACCGCGGGGCGGUCCCUACCUGCGCGUCGACUGGCCGUUCCGCGUGCAGCGCGACUUCGAGGCGCGCGAGUUCAACGUGACGCGCGCCGAGGGCAUCGGCAGGUCCGGCAGCCGCCGCGCCGGCGCCACCGUCGCCGUGCUCCUGCUGUGCGGGGCGCUGCGGCAGCUCCUCUCGCGGUGACCGACGCACUGCAGCCAAUGGGGCGGCUGUGCUGCCCGCCACCGUACGCAAGUCUCGCAGUGUCUGGAGAUGGAGAUCCACAGCAGCGAGUGACGUGAAGGCUCAGUCAGCAGUGGCGUCGUGAGCUACAGUUAACGCCAGAGAGCUCAGUACUAAACUGGAGAGACUACUCCACGGGGAGAUAUGCCAUUACGCACGACGUCGACGUGGGAUUGCAUCCUUCCACACCUACGAAACCUAGAUCCUACCUAUGCCAAUGUUGCACAGAUGUCCACUCCACCAAAGCUAUGUCACUCCAUCCAAAUCAUUAAACACGACAGACUCCACCUCACUUUCCUCAUCCCUUUACCUUCUCCGUGAGUCCAUUUACCAUCUCACUGAAUUCCCACUAUCCUCACAUUGAACACUGACUACUACUAUCUGCAAACUUGACUCUAACAACUGUACUGAGUAGCCUAUAUUUUCCAAUCCCAAUACGCUGCCACUCCCGUACCAAAAAUUUCAGUCAACUACCUCUCCUAGAGAAUGACCGAGUGAGAUAGCGCAGCGAUAAAACACUGGACUCGUAUGCGGGGGAACGGCAGUUUGUUUCCUCAUCUAACAUCCAGAUUUAGGUUUUGCAUGACUUCCCUAAAGCACUUAAAGUGAAAGUCAGGGUGGUUUCUUUGACAGGGCAGUGCUGAUAUCCUUAGUCUGAGCUUGCGUUCCACCUCUAAUUACCUCAUUCUUGACAGGACUUCAAGUCAUAAUCUCUUCCCAGAAAAUGAAACUCACUCCAGUAAUUAUCCAUCCUACUAACUAAAACUCUUUCCUUCCUACAGCAUACACCCACCUCUUCUGCCCCCCCCCCCUCUUCCUCCCAGGUGUGGCUUCCCCUUUCCCCUUCGCUCUCCAUCUUCCCUAUCCCUUCCUGCUCAUACUAUGGCACUGUCCACACGCCAACUCGUACUCCCUUUCUGUCUCCCCACCAUCCACUCCAACACCUAUUCACAUCUCUGUCCACCUGAUCCCUCUGCUUAUACCCAUAUCUUAAAAAACAUUUCUCCAGAGCAGCUCCUUCAUUUUUAGUGAAAGCACAGUGCUUCUUUUUAAGAUCAGCAGCAGUCUGCCAAGUCUUUAAAUAUCUUUUCAUUGUAUCUCAUAGUUUUUUAAUAUAAAGCAAAAAUUGGGAAAGUUUACAGUGAAAUUCAUGCAUGAACCACUAUCCAAAUUCUUCUUUAAUUAAUUUUAAAAACAUUUGUAAAUAUUUCACCUGUGUAUUAUACUGUUUCUUCUUUAUAUGUUUUUAAACUUUUUGGUUGGAGAGAGGCAUGGUGGCAGUGAAUUUGAUAACAAUAAGCCAAAAAGCCAUGACUUCACAACUGUCAAGAUGGGUCUAGACAAGUUGUUGAAUUCUGUUGACAGACGCGAGAAAUGCAAUAACUAUUUACUGAUACUAUGCAACAAUGUCCCUGUUUAAUUUCUAGUUCACUGUUAAUAUUGAUUUGUAUCUGCCAGUUCUCCUCUGCAAGAUCAGUUUCACAACUGUUAUGUUCCAUUGUCAGAUGUAAUUUUCAUUAUAUUGCUGAAGAUUUACUGUAAUCACCUCCUCAGAAAUCUUACUUCUGUACAAAAGAGGUUAGCUUCCACUUUACAUAUCAGAGUCACGAGACAGCAUAUCAAUACCAAAUGGGGGAAGCAGUAACAUCAUAACUUUUUCAUAUGAUUAUUUCACCAAAUGAUUUGUGAAGAUUCAGUAAAUCAUUUUAAUGUGGCCACUUUUGGAUCCUGAUAGUCUUUUCUGAUGGAAACAUUUCUCUCCCUAUGCCUACAAAAAAUAUCUUUAUAUGUCAUUAGGCAACAUAACUACUCAAUCAUUCCUUAUUUUCCAGUGCCUACUUUAUACGUAAUCCUAAAUAAUCAACCUAAAUAAUAAAUCAAACUAGUUGCAAACAAUGAAAAAUGCUUUGAUGUUAAUACAAUAACAGAUCCAAAGGUCUUAGGUUCAAUCCUCAGUCAUUCCUACAAUUUUUACUCAUAACAUAUCAGUUCCUUCAUCUUUGGCAGUAUUUUUUAAUGCAAAAAAUGCCUAGUUGUAGUGUCAUUUGGAGACCAUGUUAAGCUGUAGAUCCCUCUGUAACUGGUUGGGUCAAUCUGUUCAAAGGUCAGAGGCAGAUAAUGGUGCAUAACCACCAGUAGGAACAUGCCUAAUAAAGUACUGUGGUUUUAAAACCACGCUUUGGUUGAUAAGAGCUGGGGACAGGUUGAGAAGGACAAAGGAGGGGAUGGACAGUGUGAGGCAGAGGACGAAAUGGACAAACAAAAGGAGGGAGGGCUGGGGAGAUGUAUUAGGAAGGUGUAAGGUGUAGAUGGGUAGUGAGCAGGUGGAAAAGGAAGUGGAGGAGAGGUGCUGAUGGAAAGAGAGAGGGACAGAAGGAUAUGAUCAGAGGGAGGGAGGAGAAAGAUAUGGUCAGAGAGGGAGAGGGAGAGGGAGAUGGGGAGAGAGAGAGAGAGAGAGAAUGUAGGAAAUAGACAAAGAGAGAGAGAGAGAGAGAGAGAGAGAGAGAGAGAGAGAGAGAAAGAAACACAUUUUCUUCCUGUUUCUCUGUCUUUUUUUUUCCAUUGCAAUACAUAACUAAUUACAACUUUGUGUCAAACAUUGGCAAAUGUACGAGUAAUUACCUAGUCUGACUGAUUUUCUUUUGCAAAUGGUCAACAAAACUGAAUAAACUAGCUGCAUCAUCAUAUUUCAGCAGCUAUAAAUUAACUGUUGGUUAUUGUACGUAAGUAGUUCUAUUUUACAAAAUGAUCAUUACAAAUGAUGUCAUAUGUAUUUUGAUGGUCUCCAGUAUUCCCUGAGUACAGCAUGAAAAUGGUUUUUUAAUUCUUGGUGCAAAUGAGGAUUUCUAAAAAUAUUUUACAUUUCAUAGUAGCAUUAUUUGUUUUUCUCAAAGAUAAUUUUCUUGCAGUUAUAUAGCAUAUAGAACUUCAUUGUGGACACAAAUAUCACUUCCUGUUGUCUGUUGAUUACUGUAUCUAUAUGUUACACCUCUUGACUUUUUAUAUCAAAUUUAAGAGAAACAAUCAUUUGAAAGUUGUUAACACAAACACUGCUAACAACUCCAAAAUAGUCCUCACCAGUAUGACGCAUCCUUAACUUUUUUUUCUGGAAGAUUAUACCUGUGAUUUCUCUCUCCAGUUUAUAUUGAGUUAACUGGUUUCCACAACUGAGCUAAAAAUUCUAGAGACUCGGUUUUCAAUAUGGCAUCAACUGGAAAUAUGUUGUCUGCCAUUACAGUGUGUUAACUUUAAAUUGAUCUGUCAGCUUCCUAGUCCUGAACUGGUAGAAAUUGACAGAAGUUGGAAGUGUUUGGCUGGUAGUCAGCUAUUUUUGGUUGUAGCCUAUGUUAGGUAGCUGACAGUACUGGUUGAGAUAUCCAUUGUUGUCUGCUUGUUAAUUAGUUGUACCUCACACUGUUUCCUUCCCUUGUGAUAAGUGUACAUAACUGUUGAAGUUACGAUCUUAUUAAACAUGUUAAUAUGUAAGACAAUUUCACUUUCGAUUACAAAUAACAAUUAAGCAAUUUUUACCUCGUUCUCUGACUACUUCUUUCACGGAAGCAUAAAUGACAGGUAGGGAUACUAACAUCAACAGAGGCAGGCAUGGCUCGUUCUCCCCUCAUUGCAGUGUAUACAGGAGCAGGGCUUCUUUUCCUCCACUUUCCACUACCCCCUCAGGCAAUCAAUUACUUUAACAGUUAAUACCAUAUACUUUAUAGAAGUAAAGCUGCACUAAGGACUAAAUAGGAAGAAUAUAAAUAAAAAAUAUAGUGUUCAAAAAUGGAUGGCAUGCACAAACAACAUGUGAAUAUUAAACACUAUUAUCAACAAUGUUGUUAAUUAUUCUGUGCCAAAUAAGGAGCUACUGGUAUCAUGUUUUAUGCAAAUUUAUAAAUACAGUACUCCAUUCAUUAAUUUUGUCUUUAAGUACUGAAUAAUAAAUACAGAUGGUGUUUAGAUUUUCAUGUCUCAAUAAGAUGGUAAGUCCAAUCGAAAUUAUUGUGCACCUAGCCUACAGAAAGUUGUCUUCAUACUCCGUUUAUGGGCAGAUUGAAAUGCCAUUAUCAGAACUUAGAUAUUCUCCCAGUAGUGAACAACAUGGUCUCAGUCACUGUAGUUCUUUAAUUUUCUCCUCUUUUUUUUUUUAAAAAAAAGAGACUGGGAAACUACAAACAGUCUUUGUUAUAGGCCAGUGAAUUGUGCUUAUUUAACUGAAAUGUAAUUUAUAUAGGAGCAUGUCUUAUCCACAGGACAAUGCACAAUGAGCCCGUAAGAGGAAUGACAAGUCAGAAAGUUUAUAAAUAAAAGGUCAGAAGAGAAUAUCAUGUUUCUGUUACCACAACAUAAAGCCCAUCAUUUUGUUGUCAUGUUUACUAGAAUGUUUUUGUACAACAUAAAAUGUUUACAUUUCUAUGUACUGGUUGUGAAUGCAGCAAUAAUAAAUUAAAUCCAGAAUGAGAUUUUCACUCUGCAGCGGAGUGUGUGCUGAUAUGAAACUUCCUGGCAGAUUAAAACUGUAUGCCGGACCGAGAAGGUAGGAGACGAGGUACUGGCAGAAGUAAAGCUGUGAGGACAGGGCGUGAGUCGUGCUUGGGUAGCUCAGUUGGUAGAGCACUUGCCCGCGAAAGGCAAAGGUCCUGAGUUCGAGUCUCGGUCCGGCACACAGUUUUAAUCUGCCAGGAAGUUUCAAUAAAUUAAAUGUUUGUCCAACUUGUAGUGACUGGAAUUUUAUCACUCAGUCGUAAUGCAAUGUUACAGCGAUUGUGGCUGUCAUCAUGUCAGUCAUGCCUGAGAUAACAAGAAUGAAGUAUGCCAAGAGUGUCACUCAGCUGCUGUCCAAUGACAACAUAGACAUUCAUCUUCAUCACCUACUUGCAGUGGAUGGUGUCUAGCUGUUGAUGUAUUUCAUAACAGGGAUGGUUGGGGGUGGGGGGCAAGACUUGGGGGUAUGGAGUAUUUUUAAUAUCUUGGAAGACAAAUGGCAACUUGUAAGUAGCCACAAAAAAAGUUAAAAACUGUGUAAUAGCGACUUUUAAAUCAUUUUCUUGGAGAAAAAAAAACUGGCAAUACUAUUUUUUUUCCUUUUCCUGAGAAUUUGUUGGCAGGGGGAAGGGGAGGGGCAGGUGGAGGCGGAGGCGGAGUGGAGAGCACAGACGCCCCUCACCCUUGAUGCCUGAUAUGGCUCCUCAAUGUGAUUGAACAAGAGCAGCUACUGUAUGUGCUACAAACUAUCAGUCACCUGUCAUGUUACCUGAUUGCUAUUUGGUGCAUAAACAUUGUGUCUUCCGAGGUCAUGGAUAGACAACUGUGUUCUAAGGUGGCCGUAACUUUAAGCUGGCAGUUACUUCCAUGCUGCAGCAACUACUCAAAGAGACAUGUCCUACAUCUUUGUCUUCAAGGCACUGAGAUCUGGAGAUCAGAUCUGAGCUCCUGUUCCUUAGGCACCACCUCGCAGUGGUAGGCGGAGAAGUGCCUGAGGCCAACAUAAUUUAGAGAGAAGCGUUAACAGUUUUUACGGCCCCAUACCAGCAAUUCAGCUCGGCCUUUGAGGCUUAGGUUACCAAGCCUAUUUGGGUACCAAUUCCUUGAAUGACGUGGACAGUUGAUGUUCUUACAUACUGGCAUGCUUCAUGGACAGUUUGAAAAUAAUGGCUCCAACAUUAAGAAAAUUUGUUAUGAGCAAUUUUAAUAUUAAUUGAAUUGUGAAUGGGAAAAAUAUUUGGCCCCCUCCAGCCAAUUGUCCAUCAUGCAGUCAUGACAUCAGUGGUGUUUGUUGGCCAGGGAAAAUUAGUUUCUAUAAGUCAACUUUUAGUGGCACAGCCAAACGUGACGUCUCUCAAGUUACAACACCACAAUAUGGAUGAUUGCACAUACAGAUUUAGUGGUUUCACUCAAACAGUAUCACUUUAGUUACAUGUGCAAGCUCAGCUUUAUUGGGAACAUGCCAGUUUCAUACACUACUUCGACUGUGCACUAAUUACACAUGUGGAUCCAGGAUUAAGUUCGAGGGGGUAUAUUUGGUGGGUGGGGUCAUAGUUUGUUUCUGUCUUGCCGCCAACCCCCGACCUCUCUGUUCCCCACUGCCACUUUUAAUGUGCCACAGAUAUGUGCAAUUUUAGUAAUAGCAGCAAUAAAAUACAUAAAAUGUUUUAAUAUGACAAUAAAUUGUUCAGUUAGAAUAAGAUACAUUAAUGUACAGUAAUAAUAAUAAUAAUAAUAAUAAUAAUAAUUUGUUUACAUUAGUGAAUAAUAAAUUGCUUUAGCAUAAUGUCCAUGAAAUUAUAAUUCAGAAAAUUGCCAGUAAUAUCUACCCCAGUUCUUUAAAGAAUCAGACUCCCAUGUAUAUAACAGCUCCAUUUUAAGAAAAGCUAGUUUCUCAUGCAUCUCAAUGUUUAUGGAAUUGUAUAUCCUGAACUGUGUGUCACACAAUGAUGUAAUUUAGCAGGUACAUUCCGUGGUAUAUAUAAAUACUGUCUGCAAAAUGUGUUGUGAAUAGAGUUUGUAGUCAAGAAUUAAUAAAUGACAAUAU